UUUGCCAUUUCACCCGUCCCCCUUCUGUCUCCCGCAUAACACAGUGGAGGGAGGAUGUGUCAGCUCGGGGCCGCGUCAACCGGAUGAUGUGGUACUGACAUGGUGUCCAUCAGAUUCAAAAGCAAUGAGAUUUCGAGGGUUUUCAUGGAGCAAUCUGGCUCAUCACUUCAAAGAAUUUGACCACUUCUUCAGUCCACACUCCAACUUCCAUCAUCGAAGAUUGUUUAUUCAAUCACCCAGUAGGAAAUCCAUCUUCUCCGAUCUCCGCUCCUACUCAACCGAAGCCUACUGCUAUUGCACCGAAUUGUGGGAAUGUGGCGUACCAUGUUCUAGUUCCCAUUCUUGCGCUAGAACGAUCUGCGUUCCAGAAUUGCAACCUCAGCUAUCUUCUGAUUUGAUCACAAUAAUGGAAAAGAGGUUAUCUUCUAUUGAACGUAGGAGUGCUUAUCUUUCGGGACUCGUAAAUCAGCCAGAAGCCUUACCGGCAGAAUACUCAAGAGCCAAUAAGGAGCUUCGGAACCUCAAGGGUUCAAUGGAUCUUAUAAAGGAGUUAAGGACUAAACAAAAGGACAUUGAGGGUUUGAAGGCACUAAUGACUGAAUGCCCAGAAGACAAAGAAAUGCUGAACAUGGCAACUGAGGAAUUGUCCCAGGCUGUGGAAGAAGAGAAAAGAUUGCAGAAUCAGCUGCUGCAGUCAUUACUUCCUAAGGACGAUGCUGAUGAACGGGGCUGUAUUUUGGAGGUGAGAGCAGGAACUGGAGGGGAAGAGGCUUCUUUGUUUGCAAUGGACAUAUUCAAAAUGUACGAAAGAUACUCAUUGAAGACGGGUUGGAAGUUUGAUGUGGUAGAAAUAACAGAGUCUGAUCUUAAAGGGUACAAAGAAGCUAGUGCAGCAAUUUCUGGAGCUGAUGUCUAUGGGAAACUUAAAUUUGAGAGUGGAAUUCACAGAGUGCAGCGAGUUCCUGUUACAGAGAAAUCUGGACGUGUUCACACCAGUGCCGUGUCUGUUGCUAUCCUUCCUCAGGCUGAUGAGGUAGAUGUCCAGUUGAGGCAUGAAGAUUUGAGAAUUGACACAUAUAGAUCCGGUGGUUCAGGUGGUCAGCAUGUAAAUACUACCAACAGUGCUGUUAGGAUAACUCAUAUUCCAUCUGGGAUUACCGUCUCCAUACAAGAUGAACGUUCCCAACAUAUGAAUAAGGCCAAAGCGCUGAAGGUACUCUGUGCAAGGUUAUAUGAAAUCGAAAGAUCGAGAAUUCACACAAGUCGGUCGAAACUUCGAUCGGAGCAGAUUGGCAGCGGUGACAGGUCAGAACGUAUUCGUACAUAUAACUUCCCACAAGGCCGCGUUACUGAUCACCGUGUUGGCAUUACCCAUCAUUCAAUAAAUGAUGUAAUGCAGGGAGAGAAUCUUGAUAUCUUCAUCGAUGCUCUUCUUUUGCAGCAGGAAAUGGAUGCAGUUGCAUCUUUCAGCUCCGAACAAUAACAGUCAAGGCCCUUUUCACCCAAAUCCUCACCUGCUAAAUAUAUAUCACCCUUUAUUGUAUUGGUCUAACUGGGCUUCUUUUUUUCCCCUCAUUUAUGUUAGUAGUCUCCUAGAGCGUUUGUGGUGGAAUGUUAAUCUCUAUUGUUGGUACUAUCUUCUGUUUAGUUUCUGAUCAAUCAUGAUAAACUAAGGGUGUUGUCCAUAGAAAUAUGCGGGUUUAAUUUUUGCCCACUUAAUCUGCAUGCUGUUCCUUAUCCAUUCUCUUUCGGAGAGAAGAAAUUCAUCAAACACUAGCAAAGAUUUCUUUC